CCCUGUUGUCUGCCAAACCAAGAAACAAACUGAAACAAAAAAAGAUGAACAGGAAGCAGCGAAAGGUGUUCACAUUGUUCAUGUGGAUUUUGGGAUUGUGUCUAGGCGGUUACAUUGUAGGACCACCCUUGUAUUGGCAUCUCAAUGAGACCUUCGACUCCAUUUCUUCUUGUCCUCCUUGCCACUGUGAUUGCUCUCUUCAACCCCUUCUUUCUCUCCCAGAAGGAUUGAGCGACAAUUCCAUUCUAGAUUGCAUGAGGCAAGACCCAGAGGUGAGUGAAGAGGCGGGGAAGAGUUUUAUAGAGCUUUUGUCCAAAGAACUGAGGCUGAAGGAAGAUAAAGCUAAGGAAAAACAAAGAGUUGCUGACAUAAAAAUUUUAGAGGCUAAGAAAGUAGCAUCACAGUAUCAAAAGGAAGCUGACAAAUGCAAUUCAGGGAUGGAGACAUGUGAGGAGGCUAGGGAAAGAGCUGAAACAACACUUGAAAAUCAGAUGAAAGAAACUGCUUUAUGGGAGCUCAGGGCUCGCCAAAGAGGAUGGUCAGAUACUACUGCAAAGAAAUUUUGA